AUGUAUAAAUGCAUGGAUGUUAAUCGUUUUCAUUUCAUUGAAGGUGAUACUGAUUCAUCUUAUUGGGCUAUUGCUGGCGAUCUAAGUCUUCCUAACACUCAAGCAUUUCAGGCGAUUGUUACCGAUAAACAAUUUUAUGAUAAAAACAUUUACAAAUUCGCACCUUUUGAUUUCUUCUGUUUUGAUGAGAAAUUUAAACCUAAAUUAAAGAAUAAAGCUGAAGAAAAAGCACAUGAGAAGAAGUUAUUGGGUUUAGCAAUUGAGAAACAAGGUGAUAACAUGGUUGCUUUAUGCCCUAAGUGUUAUACUUCAUUCAACGGUUCAAUUGAUGAAGGUGAUUUUAAAAAGAUUGCACAAAAAAUGAAAGGUGUUAGUUUACGACAAAAUAAACAAUUAACACCUAAAAAUUAUUUGGAUAUAAUAAAUGAUAAAGUGAUAUUUGAUGGUCAGAAUAUUAAUUUACAACUUAAAAACGGGUCAAUGACUCGCUUAACAAUUGGUAAGACUGCAUUAACAGGAGCACACACUAAGGCUGUAUGUUGUGAAAAUGGAUGUUGUAUGCCAUUUAUUUAA